AUGGCCCCCCUUGUCGUGGAUGUCCACACCCAUGUCUAUCCACCGGCAUACAUGGAGAUGCUGCGUGGACGCAAGACCGUCCCAUAUGUCCACGACCCAGCCGGAGAUGCAGAUCCCCGCCUGAUCAUUCUUUCCUCUGACGAUGACCCAUCUAUCCCCCUUGAUGAGCGAGGUCGACCGGUAGACGCCUCCUACUGGGACAUCGACGUGAAGCUGGACUUCAUGCGUCGUCACGGCAUCAACUGCAGCGCCAUCUCUCUCGCCAAUCCCUGGCUGGAUUUCCUCGAGCCGGACGAGGCGCAGUCGUGGGCGGAACGCAUCAACGAUAACCUGGAAGAGACCUGCGCGCGGGUGAACCGGGUUGCAGACCCGGAGAAAACCCUCACCCUCCAUGAGAAGGAGACAUUGUAUGCGUUUGGUGCGCUUCCAUUGAGUGCUCCGGACCCCGGGAUCGUGGUCAACGAGAUCAAACGACUGAAGUCCCUUUCACAUCUGCGGGGUGUGAUCAUGGGCACCACCGGGCUCGGAAAGGGGCUAGAUGAUGCUCGAUUGGAUCCGAUCUGGGCGGCGCUUGAGGAAACCGGGUCCCUGAUGUUUCUCCAUCCGCACUAUGGACUGCCUGACGAAGCCUUCGGGAGUGGGGACGCGAUGAACCGGUACGGUCAUGUCCUGCCUCUCGCGUUGGGGUUCCCCCUCGAGACGACUAUUUCCUUGACACGUAUGCUCCUGGCAGGCGUGUUUGACCGGUUUCCCCGGUUGAAGAUCCUGUUGGCGCAUUCAGGAGGCACACUGCCCUUUUUGGCAGGACGUAUAGAGAGUUGUAUUCAUCAUGAGCGUAAGUUCAUAGCCAAUGGGGGUGACGUGCCAGGUCCGCAGCGUAGCGUGUGGGAUGUCUUGAAGACGAAUAUCUUCUUGGAUGCGGUUGUGUACGGCACGGCCGGUCUGAAAGCAGCGGUGGAAGCGUCCGGUGGAGCAGAUCGACUGCUCUUUGGUAUGAUGAACUUCGACGGGGCUCUGGACCAUGUACUGACUGAUCACUAG